AUGAGAGCUUACAAAAAUAUAUCAAAGGAGAAUAAUGGAGAAGGAAGAUUUCUUGAGGAGUUGUCAUAGAAGAGAAGAAAGCCAUGAGGAGAUGAGAAAAGCUGAUUCGUCCCACGAUGAUUCUCAUCAAGAACUCGAUGAUAAUAUGAGAUUCAAGUUGGACUCAACCAAAGUCGAAAUGGAGGAGGCUAAAGAGGAAAAUCGAAGGCUAAAGUCAUCAUUGAGUAGGAUAAAGAAAGAGUUUGAGAUCCUUCAAACACAAUACAACCAAUUAAUGGUACAACAUGAAGAUCGGAAUAAGUUCUCAUCAAAAGGCCAUCAUCAAGACGAAGACAAAGAAAAGAUUAGUGAGCGCGAAGAGCUUGUCUUAUUGAGCCUAGGUCGACGGUUAAAAUCACCGGUUCCAAGUGGCUCAAUGACGAAUAAUGAAGAAAACAAGAAGGAUUUCAUGGAUGAAACGGGUGAUGACAAAAAAAAUGAUGAUCAUGAAAAAGGUAGUGAUCAAGGGAUUCGUAUGGGAUUUGAAUACAAGGAUCUGAGUAAUCCUAAUGAGAAGAAGGAGAUUGACCAUAAUCAACAAACGUUGCCGUUGGAGAUUAGUAACAAUAACAAAAUCCCAUCAGAGAAUAGUUUUGGGUUUAAGAAUGAUGGAGAUGAUAAUGAAGUUGAAGAAGAGCUUUUGCCUCAAAACCUUAUCAAGAAAACUAGGGUUUCUGUGAGAUCAAGAUGUGAGACACCGACGAUGAACGAUGGAUGUCAAUGGCGGAAAUAUGGUCAGAAAAUAGCUAAAGGGAAUCCAUGUCCUCGAGCAUACUAUCGUUGUACCAUUGCACCUUCCUGUCCUGUAAGAAAACAGGUGCAAAGAUGUUCAGAAGACAUGUCUAUACUUAUCUCAACAUACGAAGGAACACACAACCAUCCACUUCCCAUGUCAGCAACCGCCAUGGCCUCUGCCACGUCGGCCGCAGCCUCCAUGCUCCUUCCCGGAGCCUCCUCCUCCUCCUCCUCCUCCUCCGUCCCAGCCGAUCUUCAUGGCCUUAACUUCUCUCUCUCCGGCAAUAACGUCACUCCAAAACCUAAAUCACAUAAUUUCCUCCAAACAUCUUCUCCUUCUUCGUCAGGCCAUCCCACAGUCACCCUCGACCUCACAACUCCCUCCUCUUCGCAGCAACCGUUCUUAUCAAUGCUCAAUAGAUUCAAUUCUACUUCUAGUAAUGUCUCAAGAUCUAAUAGUUAUCCUUCAACCAAUCUCAACUUCUCAAACGCCAACACAUUGAUGAUUUGGGGUGGUGGUGGUGGUAACCGUAAUGAGCAAUACCGUGCAGCUUACGGCAACAUUAGCACUCAUCAGCAACCACCUUACCACCAUAUGAUUCAAACCCGAACCGCCGGGUCAUCUUUUGACCCAUUUGGAAGAUCAUCUUCAUCUUCUACACGUCCUAUACAAACCAAUCUGGAUUAUGUUGGAAAUAUUACUCAUCAAAUGCAAUCUUUACCAGCGGAAACAAUCAAGGCGAUCACGACAGAUCCAACUUUCCAAUCGGCUUUGGCGACUGCUCUAUCUUCUAUCAUAGGCGGCGAUUUAAAGAUGGAUAAUGUGACUAGCAAUGAAGCCGAGAAGAGCCCUUAAAGACAAUGCUCUAUAUAUAUACCCAACACAUUCAUAAAU